UCCAAGCUUUCCCCACUAAAAAUUGGAUUUCUCUAGGCCCCGUUUAGCAGUGUUUUCUCUCUCUCUCUCUCUCUCUCUCUCUCUCUCUCCUAUUCACAACGACUCGCGGUCAGCAGCUCAGAUCCUCAUCCCCAAAUCCCAAUCCUCUGCUGUCACAAUUUCACAACUGAAAAAUCGAAACCCAAACAAUUUGUAACUCCAACCAUCUUCAGCGAAGUGUAAAUUAGGAAGGAAAUUACAUUAGAUUUCGGAUCGAAUUCCGUACAGACUCCCAGAAGAAGGACGAGAAGAAGAAGGAGGCGAAGGAAGCAUGGAAGCUGAUGUUUCGAUCCAUACUAUAACAAUACCUGUAAACCGUAAACCGUAGUAGGAGUUCUAUCUGCCAUGAGACACUUCUCUCCGUCAAUCCAACUAGUGGGUUUAAUCAGGGUAUGCAAAAAAAAUUUUUUUUUAGUGAUGAUAGGUAGAACAAAUCAAGAAGCAACACGAGAUGGAUAACUGAAGAUUUGGAGAGUUUGGUUUGACUUUUGUGAUAAGUCAAAAAUUUUCGUGGGUUUACGAUUGUGUGCGAUUUUUUUAUUUUCUUUUGGUUAUUUACUUUUUCUUCGCAACUGAUAAUGACCUGCUUGGAUUUGGGAAGUAUCAGAACGAGUCUAUGUGUAGGGAGACUGGUAUUUUAUCUCCCUCUAUUGUAUAUUACUUUAUGUCUGAUAAUUCCACCGGCGACUGCGAAUGUGCUGUUGAUUGGGGACGAUAAAAUUCUGUCGUUUAAGGACAUCGAAGCGAAUUUUGCUACUUCGAUCAAGGGAUCAGGAGAGAGUGGGACAUUGUAUAUAGCUGAGCCCCUUGAUGCUUGCUCGCCAUUGAUUAAUAAGAUCAACACAGGUCGAGGUGUAAAUGCUUCAUUUGCGUUGAUUAUUAGAGGUGGAUGUUCCUUUGAGGAGAAAGUUAGAAUUGCACAAGAUGCAGGGUUCAAAGCAGCGAUUAUCUAUGACAAUGAAGAUAGUGGUGCUUUGGUUGCAAUGUCAGGAAAUCCUGCAGGUAUCAGAAUACAUGCUGUGUUUAUCUCCAAAGCCUCAGGUGAAACACUUAAAAUGUAUGCUGGCCUUCCCAACAUGCAGCUAUUGCUUAUCCCUACCUUCGAAAACGCAGCUUGGUCGAUCAUGGUCAUUUCUUUUGUCUCUCUUCUAGCUAUGUCCAUUGUGUUGGCUACCUGUUUCUUCAUUCGCAGACGCCGUGUGAGACGAGAGCAGUCUCAAGCCCCAUGUGUUCGGGAGUUCCACGGCAUGAGCAAUCGUUUAGUGAAAGCCUUGCCUAGCCUGAUAUUCACGUCCGUUUUAGAAGAUAACUGUACUUCAAUGACGUGUGCCAUAUGCCUUGAGGACUAUAGUGUUGGGGAAAAGCUCAGAGUACUACCAUGCCAUCACAAGUUCCAUGCUGCUUGCGUGGAUUCUUGGCUUACCACGUGGCGGACAUUUUGCCCUGUCUGCAAGCGUGAUGCUAGGACAAGCACAGGUGAGCCUCCAGCAUCAGAGCACACUCCGUUGCUUUCAUCCAGGGCAGCCUCCUCUUUGGGAUUGUCAUCUGCUGGAUCAUCAUUUGCAUCAUCAUCAUCGGCCAUACAAAUAGCCAUAGCAUCGUCAAGGACCCCCUCUGUAUCUUCUCAUGUUCACUCCCAUGUUGGUACUCCUUUCCCUCAGUCGUUUAGGUCCUAUGGUAACUCACCUGCCCUCACCCCAAGCAGAAGCUCAGUAGAUCUUAGGAAUGCAUCUUCCCAAAGAUCUUGUGCUUCCCACCUAGCCUCACCCCACUCCUUGGGCUACCCUUCGUUUUCACCUCUGAGCUCGAGAUAUAUAUCCCCAUAUGUUGCAAGUUCAACCAAUGCCUCGCCAAGUUAUCUUGGGUCAUCCAGUCGGCAACCUAAUAUGCUGCAUUGUAGUGAAUCAGCGGCAAGUUUUUCUCCAUUUGCCUCCGCUCAGUCUCUUCCAGGUUGUUGAUGUGAAGAACGGAUGCUAAAUGGAGAAUUUAAGUUGAUGUCAAGACUAUUGCACCGAUCUUGCUGACAUUGUAAUGAAGAGUCCUUUGCAGUUAAUGUUACCCCAAUCUUAUCGAUCUCUGAAGCGACAUUCAAUACAUUUAUAUUUCCUUGGGGUAUGAUUAUUUAAUGGCCUACGGGAGAGUUUCGUGCUUAAGUGAUGAUUGGUGCCCUUCUGACACGGAGGAACAGUUGUAAAUUGUAAUGUAAGGUUACAUAAUUUUUCUGGUA